AUGAUGACUUGUUGGUUUUCUUGUGCAGCUAAAGACACACUGAACACUGACUGGAACAAAUAUGAUGACAGGCUAAUGAAAGCAGCUGAAAGGGGAGAUGUGGAAAAGGUUUCAUCAAUCCUGGCCAAAAAAGGAGUCAGUCCCACCAAACUGGAUGUGGAAGGCAGAUCUGCAUUCCAUGUUGUAGCAUCAAAGGGCAACCUGGAUUGCUUGAACACUAUCCUUGUUCAUGGAGUUGAUAUCACAGCCACGGAUGCUGCAGGUAGAAACGCACUGCAUCUUGCCGCGAAAUACGGACAUGCUUUAUGCUUGCAGAAGCUGUUGCAGUACAACUGUCCAACAGAGAAUGUGGAUCUGCAAGGAAGAACUGCUCUGCAUGAUGCAGCUAUGUCAGACUGUUCCUCGAGCAUACAACUACUGUGUGAUCACGGGGCCUUGGUGAAUUCAAAAGAUGGAGACGGGAGGACACCGCUAGUGCUGGCCACUCAGAUGUGUCGUCCCACCGUUUGUCAGCUUCUGCUAGACAGAGGAGCAGAUGUUAAUGCCAGGGACAAACAGAACAGGACUGCCUUAAUGUUAGGCUGUGAAUAUGGCUGCAGGGAUGCAGUGGAAGUUUUGCUCAAAAAUGGUGCGGAUGUUAGUUUGACUGAUGGCCUUGGUCAUGACUGUGCUUACUAUGCCAGGAUUGGGGACAAUAUUGACAUUUUGGCUUUAAUAAAAGCUGCCGUUGAGGAUUCCAGCAAAGGAAGAGAUAGCAUGAAGAAGGGGCAGCCUGAACAAAAGUGGAAUCGGCUGCAUGCGCAGGAGGAGGUGAAUGUCAAGCUGUAUCAGACGGAACAUAACGCUCAGGAAUUGGAGUUAGAAAAUCAAGAUUUGAAAGAUCGAAUGAGAGAAGUUCAAGAGGAGCAAAGGAUGCUGCUGGAUAGAAUCAGUGGGCUGCAACUGCAACUGAGUGAGGAGCAAAUGUUUGCAGAUGAUCUUGAGAAUGAGAAGGAUGAGCUGAAGAAAAUCCUAACCACCAAGGAAAAACAGCAGGAGGAAAGCUUAAGGACUAUUGAAGCUCUCAAAGCUAAACUCAAGUAUUACGAAGUUGAUUUUGUGGGAUCUGGAAGUAACUUUGCUAAUAGAAAAGAAGAUUUAUUACUUAAACAAGGGCAAGUGUUUGCUGCGGAUUAUGUAUGUAGCUUGUCAAACCUGUAAACAUGUACCCGUUUUGUGCCAAUUUAUCUUCAGUCCAGGUCUAUGCUGAGACCCUUGGAGCUCUCCCUGCCUAACCAAUCACCCACUUCAGAGAAGGAAGCUUUAAAGAAGGAACUUGACAACGUGAGGACCUGCUAUGGUGCAGCAAAGGAAGAAAUCAGCAAAUUGCAGCGAGAGCUGUCUCACAAGGUGUCAGAGUGUAAAGCUUUGGCAUCAGAGUGUGAAAGAACCAAGGUGGAAUCUGACGGACAGAUAAAACAGCUGGAAGAUGCUUUAAAAGAUGUGCAGAAAAGAAUGUUUGACUCGGAAGGCAAAGUUAAGCAAAUGCAGACCCACUUUCUUGCUCUGAAAGAUCACCUGACUAACGAAGCUGCUUCGGGAAACAGUAAGCUAACAGAGGAGCUGAAGGAGCAGUUGAAAGAAAUGAAAGCCAAGUAUGAAGGAGCCUCUGCUGAAGUGGGAAAACUGAGGAACCAGAUUAAGCAGAAUGAAUUGCUGGUGGCAGAAUUCAAGAGAGAUGAAGGCAGGCUAGUGGAGGAAAAUAAAAGGUUGCAGAAGGAACUUGUGAAGUUGGAGAUGGAACGAGAUAAAAGGGGAAGAAAUGUCAUGGAGUUAGAAGGGCAGCUCAAAGAAACAGCAGCAAAGUUGGCCCACUCGGUAACUUCAGAGGCAUUUGAAAACAUGAAGAGUUUGUUAUCGAGCAAAGUGAAUGUGAAAGCAAGGAGGUUAGCAGAGAUGGAAGGAGAGCAUGAAAAACUGCAGGCAGAGAUUCUGCUUCUGAAGAGGGAAUCUGAGAGUCAGAAAGCGAAACUGGCUCAGCACGUAAAGCCAGAGGAGCACGAGCAAAUGAGGAGUGGGUUUGAGAAGAAAAAUGAAGAGCUUGGGAAGGCAGUUUCUGAAUUGUCACAGAAGAAUCAGGCUCUGCAGAAGGAACUUGAAAGAUUGCAGACUGAUAACAAGGUAUUUAAGCAACAAAUCCAAAUGCUAAAAACUGAAAUGAAAAGCCAGAAUGUGCCUUUAAAAAUCCAUGAAGAAUUGAAGAAAACAAAUGAUCUGACUGUCAGUGACCUGACCAGGAAGCUUUUUGAAUUAACAAAGAAGUACAAUGAAAGCAAAGCAGAAGCUGAAAAGUUACUGGCAGAGAAGAACAACUUAAGUGAGAACAUCAGCCACUUCCAAGCUGUGUACCUUUCUCCAGAGCAGCACAAAAAAGAAGUGGAAGCUUUAAAAUGUAAUGGUAUUGAGCUGGAAAAGCAGCUCGCUGAGCUGCAGAAAAAAUAUGAUGCUGAACAAGCCCAGGUGUGCAAACUGGUCUCUGAAAACACAGCCAUGAGACAGACUCUUGGGGAUCAGUAUGUGUUGGCUACAACACAUGAAGAGGUUAAAAUAGCCUUGAAUAACACCCUUGAAAAGACCAACAAGGAACUGUCAGAUCUGAAGGCAAAAAUGGAAGAGGUAAAGCAAGAAUUCAUGAGGGCAAAUGAAGAAAAUGGAACCUUGAAAAACAAGGUGAAACUCUUACAGAAUCAACUGCAAACUGAGUCUGUAAGUUUAAAAGAGCAUGAAACUACAGUGGCUACUUUAAAUAAAAGCAUGCGAGAGCUUCAAGAGAACAAUACUGCAGUUAGGGCUGAGUACAAGAGGGGUCAAGAAGAAAUUUUACAGUUACAUGCAGAAAUUGAAGCCCAGAAGAAGGAACUUGACACAAUUCAAGAGUGCAUUAAGUCAAAAUAUGCCCCGGUUGCCUCCUUUAAAGACAGAGAACAAAGCUUCGAAGCCACAGUGAAAGAAUUAAAAGCGCAGUUGGAGGAACAGGCACAGAAGUACAGAGAAAUCGAAGAGGAAAACAAGAAGUGCAAAGAGGAGAAUGAGAAGCUCAAAACGGGUGUUCUGUCCAUCCAGAAUGACUUGCAGCAGAACUAUAUCCUGGCUGAGAAAUCCCAUGAAAUGGAGAAGAUGUUUACAAGCAAAAUGGAGGAACUGAAUAAGCAACUGAGAGACUUGCUGCAGAGAUACACAGGUGAAAAAGAAAAGGAUGAGCUGGAAGAGAGCAUUGAGCAGCCCGUGACUGUGCAGGCUGAGCAUCUUUCAGCAGGGCAGAUUGAAGCCUUGAAGAAGGCUCUUGGUCACACUAUAGAGGAUCUGAGAGAGGCCCUCAGAAAUAAGAAGGAAUGUUAUGACAAAGAAACACUAAAAGUAGGACAACUGCAGCAGGAGUUGUCAGGUCUGAAAGAAUCUUCAGUCUCUUUGGUAGAAUAUACACAAAUGAAGGAAAUGUUAGAACAAGAAAUUGUAGCGAUCAAAAGCAGCUUGAGAGAAAAGGAAGAAGAAAACCAAGUGAAAACCAAGGAGAUCUCAGAGUUGCAGUGUGAGAUGCAGCUUACUCAACAAGCUUUAACAGACCUGCAGAGGAAAGAAGUGAUUGACAUGUCAGAAUACGAAUCCAUGAAGAGUACUCUGGAGGCCCAGAUUAACAGCAUAGCUGAAAGCUUGUCCAAUAUGAAUAGAAAGUAUGAGGAGGCAUGUGAGGAGGCUUUGCAAGCUAAAAAGAGUGAGCUUUCUUUAAAGGAUGAGAAGGAAUUGCUUCAGUUACGGAGCUGCAGUAUUGAGCAAGAAAUCAAAGACCAGAAAGAAAGGUGUGAUAAAUCAUUGACAACAAUUAUGGACUUGCAGAAGAGAAUACAGGAAUCUGCAAAGCAGGUGGAAGCCAAGGAUAACAAGAUAACGGAGCUGCUUAAUGAUGUGGAGCGGUUAAAACAAGCUCUUAAUGGCUUGUCUCAGCUUACAUACACCACUGGGAUUCCCUCAAAGAGGCAGAACCAGCAAGUUGAAAUGCUCCAGAACCAGGUGAAAACACUGCAGCAGCAGCUUGCUGAUGCUAAAAGGCAGCAUCAAGAGGUAGUUUCAGUUUAUCGGACACAUCUUCUCAGUGCUGUACAGGGUCACAUGGAUGAAGAUGUCCAAGCUGCUUUGCUGCAGAUCAUUCGGAUGAGGCAGGGACUUGUUUGCUGACAUGUUAGUGCCAUUGCUCGUGAAGGCUGCUGCAUUGUAGGAGUGCUGUGGUUAUGUUAGUGAUAACCUUCAUGAGGUUUAGAUAGUUAUGAUAAUAUAGCUGCAAUUAAGGCCUCCAAAUAUGAAACGAUUUACAAAGCUGAAACAUUUUCUUCUUAUAAAACGGUAAAAUAGGGCUACUGAGUUUCAGAUGUGACACUUGUUAGAUUAAUAAAAGAUGUAGAGCAUCUUUUUAAAGCUGGAAUACAAGCUGACUGUCAAAAUGAUGACAUGGUAGUUAAAUUAAUGUCUGAUUGACCACUUAUUAAAGUAGGGCCUAUACCCAGAAACUCAUUUAUCCUAGAACUUGAACUCUCAUAGUAUGGUUAAAA